AUGGGAAAUUUGCCAGUCGAAAGACUUCGAGCACUACGACCCUUUCUUAUAUGUGGCGUAGAUUUUUGUGGUCCGAUAUACACAACUUUAAAAAUACGCGGUCGACCACCCGUAAAAACAUAUAUUGCAGUUUUCAUUUGCUUUACUUCCAAAGCAGUACAUUUAGAAUUAGUUUCGGACCUAUCUUCUAAUUCAUUUAUUCUCGCCCUAAAAAGGUUCAUUGGACGCCGAGGAAUGCCGACGAAGAUAUUCAGCGACAACGCCACCAAUUCCGUCGGCGCCGAUCGCAAGCUGCGCGAAUUGAAGGAGGCGUUUCUGGCAAUGGGUCCAGACCUGAAGAGAUUCGCAGCAGACGAAGGGUGCAGCUUCACCUUUAUACCACCGCGGGCGCCGCACUUCGGCGGAUUAUGGGAAGCCGCGGUGAAGUCCGCCAAACACCACAUCGUUCGGGUAACCGGCAGCGCGCUACUUACAGCAGAGGAGUUAGCAACAGUGUUGGCCGAAGUGGAGGCCAUCCUCAACUCUCGCCCCCUAGUACCUGUGAGCCAAGAUCCCAACGACGGCGAGGCGUUAACACCAGCGCAUCUAUUAAUAGGAUGCUCCCUGCGGGCAUUACCCCCAGAGAAGGUGCCAGUGGACCCAGUUCGUUGUUGCGAGAGAUGGCAACUUGUUUGCUGUCUCAAGCAACAGUUCUGGCGACAGUGGUCCAAAGUAUACCUGACGGGCCUUCAGGAGCGCAACAAGUGGCUGCACCCCAAACGCAAUAUGCAGCUCAACGACCUCGUUCUCGUCCACGAGGACAACGUGCCGCCGCAGCAGUGGGUACUAGGGCGCGUCGUCGAAACCGUCGAAGGGCAAGACGGCAAGGUGCGAGUCGCAGAAGUAGCAACCAAGACGGGCACGAUUAAGCGCCCCAUCCACAAACUGGCUGUCCUUCCACUGGAUAUUGAAGGAAUCUGAUCCUGUCAAGGUGGUCGGUGUUGCGUCAAGCGACAAGAUAUAUAUUUAAACCUAAAAUAAAAAUAAUAAAAAUUAUAAAAUAUUGAAUUGUUAAAGAAUUAAAUUAAGAAAAUCUAUUGUAUACUUACCUUAAUAAUCCAUUUGUAAUACUAAGAUAUUACUCACCUUACUUACCUCAACGUAAUCUUUUACAAUAGUUAACGAAAGUUAAGAAUUAUUAUGCUUACCCCUUUUUCUGUAAUACAUAUUAACAUUACCACUAGUUUAAGCCGUUAGUUUAAGAUUUAGGCUAAGCGAUUGCAUGAAACGAAAUAUAAUGUUCUUUUUGAAUUGAACCGUGAGACCGUACGCACGCGUUUUAAUUUGUCGGUGUUUCAACUUUACGCUAUCGAGGCAGGCAAUUGGUGCAUUUCUUUUAAUUUAUAAUCGCGCAUCCCAAUUUCAAGUACUUUUCGUGUCUUAAAAACGCUUAAGAUUUUUCACUUAUAUUGAGGUUUAAAGUCGAUUUUCUUGUAAACACAUAUUUAGCAAUCGAUAUUGAGUUGCUCCAAAUCAGUAGCUUAACAUAUUUAAUUUCAUUAACCUUCUUCAUAUUACUGAAGUCGACACAAAGCCUUGACGGCAGUGCAUUUCGAAGAAUUCCACAAUCUUAUAUUUAGGUAUAAAGUCGAUUUUCUUGUAAACACAUAUUUGGCAAUCGAUAUUGGCUUGCUCCAAAUCAUUAGAUGAACAUAACUUUAAUCAUCUUAAUGAAGUUGACAUAAAGCCUUAACGGCAGUUCAUUUGGAAGAAUUCCAUAAACUUAUAUUUAGGUUUGAAGUCGAUUUUCUUGUAAACACAUAUUAAGCAAUCGAUAUUGAGUUGCUCCAAAUCAUUAAAAUAACAUAUUUACAUUAAUUAGCCUUUUUAUCUUAAUGAAGUAGACAUAGAGCCAUAACGGCAGUGCAUUUAGAAGAAUUCCAUAAUCUUAUAUUUAGAUAUGAAGUCGAUUUUCUUGUAAACACAUAUUGAGCAAUCGAUAUUGAGUUGCUCCAAAUCAUUAAAAUAACAUAUUUACAUUCAUUAACCUUCUUCAUCUUAAUGACGUUGACAUAAAGCCAUAACGGCAUUGCAUUUGGAAGAAUUCCAUAAUCCUACAUUUAGGUUUAAAGUCGAUUUUCUUGUAAACACAUAUUUAGCAAUCGAUAUUGAGUUGCUGCAAAUCAUUAGUUUAAGACAUUUAAAAUAAUUAACAUUCUUCAUAUUACUGAAGUUGACAGAAUGCCUUAACGGCAGUGCAUUUGGAAGAAUUCCAUAAUCUUACAUUUAGGUUUAAAGUCGAUUUUCUUUGAAACACAUAUUUAGCAAUCGAUAUUGAGUUGCUGCAAAUCAUUAGUUUAAGACAUUUAAAAUAAUUAACAUUCUUCAUAUUACUGAAGUUGACAGAAUGCCUUAACGGCAGUGCAUUUGGAAGAAUUCGACAAUCUUAUAUUUAGGUAUAAAGUCGAUUUUCUUGUAAACACAUAUUUAGCAAUCGAUAUUGAGUUGCUCCAAAUCAUUAGUUUAACAUAUUUAAAUUAAUUAACCUUCUUCGUCUUAAUGAAGUUGACACAAAGCCUUAGCGGCAGUGCAUUUCGAAGAAUUCCACAGUCUUAUAUUUAGGUUUAAAGUCGAUUUUCUUGUAAACACAUAUUUAGCAAUCGAUAUUGAGUUGCUCCAAAUCAGUAGUUUAACAUAUUUAAAUUCAUUAACCUUCUUCAUAUUACUGAAGUCGACACAAAGCCUUAGCGGCAGUGCAUUUCGAAGAAUUCCACAGUCUUAUAUUUAGGUUUAAAGUCGAUUUUCUUGUAAACACAUAUUAAGCAAUCGAUAUUGAGUUGCUCCAAAUCAUUAGUUUAACAUAUUUACAUUAAUUAACCUUCUUCAUCUUAAUGACGUUGGCAUAAAGCCAUAACGGCAGUGCAUUUGGAAAAUUCCAUAAUCUUACAUUUAGGUUUAAAGUCAAUUUUCUGUGAAACACACAUAGCAAUCGAUAUCGGGUUGCUCCAAAUCAUUA